CACGUCAACAUCAUGUAUACAGGUGUAAUACCAUAUGACUGAUCGACUGUGUUAUGAAUAUCGGAGCAUAUGAAAAAAACGUCAGAAAUAAUAUAAUUAAACAAUAACGACAAAUAAGAAUCCCGUUUAUUUUAUUUGGUGCAGAUAUUCGCGAUUUUUGGAAAGAUUUAAUCGACAUAUUCAUUAAAGAAACGAGAUACUCCGUUUGUGUACUCCGAAAAGAAAGAAGCGUGCUCCGUAAACAAUGGCAGUAUUUUUGCAAUUUGAUUGUCUUACACAUAAUGAAACUGCGAGAGAAGCAAUGGAAAACUACAUCGGAGUUUUGCAAAAAGCAUUCGACCUUCAUCGAAAUUUAUGGGAAAAUUAUGUGAAAUUACAAGAAAAAUAUGAAAAGCGUGACGUACAUCUUUCACCCGAGACUGAUAAACUUUGUAGAGAGGAAGAAAAGGAACUAGCAUCGCAAAAACAGUUGAAUAACUACGCUAUUGCACAAGAAACUGAUAGACCAUUUUCGAAAUUAGAUACAUGGAAUAUGAGUCUUAAUUCUGAUGAGGAAACUAGUUUUUCAAGUCCAAGCAAAUCGCUACACAAAAUUACCACUAAUUUUAGUCCACCGAGGAGUCCAGUAUUCUCUAGAACAUAUCAAAAGACUGGCGGCACUUCUGCAAGAAAACUCAAUCUCCGAUCAUUUAAAGCAGCAGCGUCAGUACAUAACAAUUCAUCAUCCGACAUGAAGCCACAUCACAGCACUAAAGAAACCACUUCUACAAAGUGUCCGAAAUUAGAGAUUAGCACAUCACAUCAUGUGGAAACCACAAUUCUGUCAGGUGGCAAGAAACUGAAGCAAUCUCGACUUGUGUUUAAUCCAACAAGAUGCAACGAAAAGAAGGUAUCAUUGCCAUAUGCAAACAAACCAGCUAGCAUAUUGCCAAAAACAGAAAAGGAUUCCAUAAGUAAUAUUUCUGUAGAAAAAGCAAUUCUUACUUCGAAAAAUAAUGUGGUAAGCACCAACGAAACUAUUGAGGAUGUGAUAGAGAUCAGUCCUACACAAAGAAGUGUUACAUCUAAAGUUAGACAUUUAAAAUUAAAGAGGAAAGCUCCUAUAAAGCAAGCGACAAAAUGUUCUCCAAGGAAAAAUAAUCCCAGUGCUGUACCUGAGAUAAUCAUAGAUUUUGCACCAUGUGCUUUGCCUAAAUAUACUUCUACACAAGUGAAAGAUGAUAAGGAGAAUAGGAAGAUAAAACCUACAGUUAAUAUAUUAGAAAAUAAAGUCAAUACAAGUGAUUUUGCAUCAGUAAAAGUGCACAGUGAAUCACAAGUUCUAAUAAAUGUGAAAUCUAUCAAAACUGAAAGAGAAAGUCAAUCAGAAAUAAAUAAAGCGCAAAAUAUUACUCAAAACACAAAUAAUUUUGCAAAUGAAGAUGAAACUUUUUAUUUACCUGCGGAGCAAGCUGCAAACACAAAUAACAGGGAUGACAUCAAUUUGCACGAUACAGAGAAUAAACCACCUGUGACGAAAAUAUUACUGAACAAAGACAUAAAGAGAAGGAAAAAAGAUAUCCCAGAGCAACUUAACAUGCGAUGCAAAGCUGACAGAGCAAAACUAAGUGGCUGGGAUUGCUGGGAAUGCAAACAAUAUUAUCAGAAUUUGUCAUUGUCGGAAGAAGAAUUACAAAAACGGAAAAAUCAAUGCUCGCGUCAUCGACACAGAUACGACAGACCAAAUACACCAGAAGGUUUUUGGGAUCCAGAAUUUCCUGAGACAUUAUCAUCCACUUAUCGGCAAAAUCAAAAUUGAAACAUCAGUUACAAUGUAAAUGGGAACAUAAUAUUGUAAAUAUGUUGUUGGUACAUAUAAUUUUUAAUUGUUCCAUAGAAUUUAUAUUUUGUAAUAAAGUUUGAUAAA